AUGGCUUACCGUGUCACCUCGAGGUCCCAAUCAGUCUCCUCCUCCCAUCAACCCGCGCUAAGCCAAAACACCAAAACAUGUCAAACAAGCGUGACGUGCGUCUACCAAGCCCACAUCUCCGGCUUCUGGCGCAAAGUCACCAUCCUCUGGUCCAAGAACCUCAUGAACUACUCCCUCACCAUCUCCAUCGACCACGAAAACCUCGUCUACACCUCCAAAAUCGACCUCAAGCCCUGGCACUUCUGGGCCAAGAAAGGCUUCAAGACCCUCCACCUCGACGGCGAGACCCACCUCGACGCUUACUGGGACCUCCGCUCCGCCAAAUUCUCAACCAGUGGGCCCGAGCCCACCUCAGACUACUACGUCGCCCUCAUAUCAGAGGAUGACGAAAUCGUCCUCCUCCUCGGAGACCAAAAAAAAAAGGCCUACAAACGGGCCAAGGCCCGGCCCGCAAUCGUCGACCCGUUGCUCUUCUACAAGAAGGAACACGUGCUCGGGAAAAAGUCUUUCUCCACGAGGGCCCGGUUUGACCGGAGGCGGCGGAGGGAGCACGAGAUUGUCGUGGAGAGCUCGACUUCGGGCCCUAGGGAGCCCGAGAUGUGGAUCAGUAUUGAUGGGAUAGUGCUCGUGCAUGUGAAGAACCUGCAGUGGAAGUUUAGAGGGAAUCAAACGGUGGUUGUUGAUAAGCAGGCUGUGCAGGUUUAUUGGGACGUGCAUGCAUGGAUGUUUUGUCCACCGGGCUCGAAUCACGGGCUUUUUAUAUUCAAGUCGGGGGAAGGGGAAGGGGAGAGUGAGGAGGAGGAGGAGGAGGAUGGAAGCAGUAAAGGGGAUGAGAGUGAAUGCAGUGGGAAUAGUAAGUAUUACUCGAUACAGAGCUAUGCCAAGUGCGUCAAUUUUUGUCUGUUUUUGUACGCGUGGAAGAUCGAGUGA